AUGGAAGCGGUUGCGUACGGCGACCAAACCAUGAGGUUCGACCGUUUGCUUUGUGUAGGAGAAUGUUACGACUUCAUGAGAGUUGGCUUUGCGCCUACUCAUGUUGGUCCUUUGGGCUACAUCUUCCAUUUAUGUGCCGAUUAUUUUGUGGUUCUAUCUCCACAAAGUAUGGUUAAUGCAUCACCUAGAGAGCUAUGGAUUUGUCAGUAUCCUAGUACCUUUAUAGAAUUCGAGGAUGUAUACACUCAAGCUGAGUACUUUUUUGCAGAUGUCAUUGGUAUAGUUGUGCAUGUGUUUAAUAUUCGAGGAAGGGAUGACGUGCGGAUGCGAUCGUACAGAUAUGUGGUGCUGAUGAAUGAAAGGUACUUAGAAUGA